UUCCUCAGCUUCUUCAAAUGGAGGUCGAAAAUUUUCUGGAAGUUUCCCAAGAUCGUCAAGUAUGGAAAAGCCACCCUCUGGAAAGACAAAGAAUAUAGCACAGGGCCUUCUGAGCAAGGAAGAGGAGUACAUGCGACUCAAUGCUGAAUUAGAGGAAAGAACUGCAAGUCUGAUAAAAGAAGCAGAGGAAGUGAUGCAUGACCAAGAUGAGCUUCUUUCCAGACCUACUGCAACAGAAUUAUCAGAAAAUCUGGAAGAUCUGCUUCCAUCAAUGGACUUUUCGAAUGUGGAUAUACCACCAUCAUCAGCCUUAAAACAGAAACCUGUGGGCAGUAAUACAACUACGACACAGAUAAGGCCUGUGAGUAGUGCAGCAGGCAAACAGGGAAGAAGACCCACUUCAAGAACAAAGAAAACUAGGCCAAAAUCUAAAACAGCAUCAGCACCUGGAAGUGUACCUCACACUCCUGUACCCUCUGAUGACCCAAUUGAUAUGCUUCAGGAUAGGAUAACUCUGGCAAACACAAUCAGCACGCUAGAGAAUGAAGCCCAAGACAAUAAUUAUACUACAACUACAACUGACAACAGUGUUUUGCCAGUUGGUGCUGAGGAGAUGGGAUCAGAAGCUAAAAUCAGGUUCCUUAAGGCAAAACUGAGAGUUAUGCAAGAAGAAUUAGACAGAGUUGUGGAGGAAUGUAACAAAAAGGAUGAGAAAAAAUCAGCAAUAGAGAAGAAGGUCAAGGAAAUGACUGAGGAACAGGGCAGAUUACAAAAAACAAAUCAGGGAUUACAGUCACAAAUCGACAAGUACAAAAAGCUUUAUGAUGAUUGCAAACACAAGAAUGAUGGACUUGAACAACAACUGGUGUCUUUAAGAAAGGAUCUGGACUCAAUACAGAGAGAGCAAAAGCAGUCAGCUUCAAACAAAAAUGUCACUGAAGUAAGAUUGAAUCGUGCCCUCGAAGAAGCAGAGAAGUAUAAGACCGCCCUACAGAAAGCCAAGAGUCAGUCAAAGGACUCUGGCGAACAGGAUAGGAAGCGCAUCGAUCAAUUGUUAGCCGAAAACAAACGCCUUGAGAAACAGAAGAACGAAUUGAUGGCUGGCUUUAAGAAGCAAAUGAAGCUCAUUGAUGUUCUUAAACGACAAAAGAUGCACAUUGAGGCGGCCAAACUUCUCCAGUUUUCAGAAGAAGAGUUCGUUAAAGCCCUCGACUGGGGAAACUAGAACAAGGAGAACUGGUCGAGAGAAACAGUGCUAGAGAAAACACGACUGCUUUUUGGCUAGGGAAAAUUGCAGUCGGUGGCCAUGGACAGUUUCGCUCUAGACUCAUUUUACGAUGUGUUCUUCGUUUCAAAACCUAAGUUAUUUUCAAACAUACAUUGCACAGCAAUAAACGUAUCAUAACGA